UCCUACAAAAUUCGGCAACCAAUCUGCAGUCAGCAUGAGAGGUGGUCUAGUUGCACUGCUAAACGGCGCACCUAGCGCCGUCUCUUCCGUCCUUCGUCGGCAUUAUUGUUCUUUUCACCAAAAUGGCUCCGAAACCGAAGCCCACGGAAAAACCAGGCAAGCCUGCCGAAAAAAAGGCAGAGAAGAAAACAGAGAAGAAGCCAGCUACAGCUGCUUCAACCUCGAAAGUGACCAAGCCGGCAGCAAAGCCUGCUGCCAAGAAGCCUGCGGCUGCCAAGCCAGCAGCUAAAGCUACUGCCAAGCCUGCUGCAAAGCCUGCAGCUAAGCCAGCAAUUGCCAAGCCCAAAAAGAAUGUGGCUGCCAAAAAAGCACCCAAGGGUGGCAAGGCUCCAUCCAAACCUGUGCAGAAGGCACUCAAAGCCCAGAAAAAGAUUCUAAAGGGUGUUCAUGGAUCUCGGGUAAGGAAAAUCAGAACCUCGGUGCACUUCCAUCGCCCUAAGACAUUCAGGCCACCAAGAAAUCCUAAGUAUCCCAGAAAAUCUGUGCCCAACAGGAAUCGUAUGGAUGCUUUCAACAUCAUCAAGUACCCCCUGACAACUGAAGCGGCGAUGAAGAAAAUUGAAGAUAAUAACACCUUGGUUUUCAUCGUUCACACGCGUGCCAAUAAGUACCACAUCAAAGCAUCAGUCAAGAAGCUCUACGAUAUCGAUGUUGCAAAGGUUAAUACUUUGAUUAGGCCCGAUGGAAAGAAGAAGGCUUAUGUCAGGUUGGCGCGCGAUUACGACGCUCUUGACGUUGCGAAUAAGAUCGGCAUCAUAUAAACACCUUAAUUGUGUACUUGUAUAAAAUUAAGAAAUUUUGUCGAGAUAAUAAACAUCUUUACAAGUCAAA